CGCGACUUGCACUUCAGUUCACUGCAUAAUCGAAACUGCUCCGCACUGCAAAAGCCUUCAUUCACCUACGGCCUUGAUUGCCCUCAAAAACUUGCCUUGAUUCAAAUAUUUGGCCUUACUGUCCUGCUCAACUUGCACGCGUCGCUUCGUGGUCUAGGCUAACAUGCCUCGGGAGAUCGUAACCCUGCAGUUGGGACAAUGCGGAAAUCAAAUGGGGUCUGUGUUCUGGCAACGGUUAUGCGCAGAGCAUGGCAUCAACAAAGAAGGGAUCUUGGAGGAGUGGGCAACAGAGGGAGGGGAUCGAAAAGACGUGUUUUUCUAUCAAGCAGACGAUGAACACUAUAUUCCACGUGCAAUCCUAGUCGAUCUCGAGCCUCGCGUGAUCAACAAUAUCCUCACAUCUCCCUACGCCAAUCUCUACAAUCCCGAGAACAUCUUCGUUUCCAAAGAUGGGGGUGGAGCAGGAAACAAUUGGGCUCAAGGCCACGCAUGGGGGGAGCGCAUCUAUGAGGAUGUUAUGGAAAUGAUCGACCGUGAAGCUGAAGGAAGCGAUUCGUUAGAGGGAUUCAUGGCCAUGCACUCCAUUGCAGGAGGAACAGGGUCUGGCCUAGGCUCAUUCCUUUUGGAACGAUUAAACGACAAAUUCCCGAAGAAGUUGAUCCAGACCUAUAGCGUCUUCCCGAAUGCACAUGAGGGAGAUGUUGUUGUACAGCCGUACAAUUCGAUGUUGACUCUGAAAAGACUUGUCAAUCACGCUGACUCUGUGGUCGUCCUCGACAACGGCGCGUUGUCUCGCAUAUCUGCCGACCGUUUACAUGUGCAAACCCCCACCUUCGAUCAGACUAACCAGUUGGUUGCGACGGUGAUGGCAGCCAGCACUCAAACACUCCGAUACCCCGGGUACAUGAACAACGACCUCGUUGGAAUUAUCGCGUCUUUGAUACCAACUCCACGAUGCCAUUUCCUGAUGACCUCCUAUACGCCUUUCACUAGCGACCAAAUCGACAAGGCGCGUGCUGCUCUGGCCCAUGAGGCUUGUCCCAAGAAUCGUAUGGUCUCAACGAGACCCAGCAAAACAGCUUGCUAUAUCUCAAUAUUGAACAUCAUCCAGGGGGAUGUUGACCCCACAGACGUCCAUCAAUCUCUCCUGCGGAUCAGAGAGCGACAAUUGGCCAAUUUCAUACCCUGGGGGCCUGCUUCGAUCCAAGUCGCGUUGACUAGGAGGUCCCCUUACGUUGCGUCCAACCACCGAGUCAGUGGAUUAAUGCUCGCUAACCACACCAGUAUUGCCUCGCUUUUCAAGCAAAUGCUCGAUCAAUUCGACAAACUGCGCCGGAAGAAUGCGUUCCUUGAGCAGUACAAGAAGGAACGGAUUUUCGAGAACAGUUUGGACGAAUUCGAUGAUGCUAGGGCCACUUGCGAAGAGCUUAUGAAAGAGUACAAAGCCUGUGAGAGCGCAGAUUAUAUUACGUAUGGCGCACAGGACGGAGAACAACCAGCAUGAAUGACCUUAUAUCUGUAGCCUUAGCUGUAU